CCGGCACAAAGUGCAGUACGAGCUUGUAGAGUGUCUGAUAUAGGCCAGGAGACCAGCAAAGCAUGCCUAGCCAUCUGCCCGACAACGCAUAAGUCAAGGAUGCACCGCUUAGCACGCUACCGCAGCGGACGCGUCGAGCUCUGGAUCACGCCCUGCGUCGUGACCAUGCCGCCGCCCAGGUCGACGGCAUUGAUCGUGCCGACGAACGAGCGAUUGUGCGGCACGCAGUUCGCGCACUUCCCAAAGGGCGGGCCGACGCCGGCAGCGACGAAGAUAGGAGAACGCGACUACGAGCGACCGCGUGCGGAACGCUUGCUGUAUCAAUGCGAGAGCGUCGAUGGCAUCGUCACGGAAUUCGGCGGAGCCGCGUACGAGAGCGCGAUCGCGGACCUGCCGAUCGUCAGCGGCGACGCGGACUACCCGGUGCGCUGCAAGACGGGUGGCGCCGUGCGCGUGCCCAUCGCGACGGGUCCGCUCGCGGCCUUCGCCGACGGCCUGAUCCUCGCGGUGCCGCCGUUCUACGCGUCGCUGUCGUGGCGCGGCCAGCUCCUCAACGCGUACUCAAAUGCAUUUGCGCUCGGGCCGCCGACGCGCCGCAUCGCGACGCCGCUGAUGGGCGCCGGCACGCGGGGCGCGCCCGUCGCCGAGGCCGCGGCGGUCGCCGCCGAGGCCACGAGGGAGUGCCUCGCCGCCGAGGCGCCGGCGGUCCAGGCGUCGAUCGAGACGCUCCUCGAGCAGGACGAAGGGGAGUCCGCGAUCCAGUACGCGCCGCAGACCAUCCGCUUCUGCGUGCUCGACGACGACGUCGGCGAGAUUGUUGAUUCCGCGCUCGACGAGGCGCUCACGUGGAAUAUGACCUAAC